UGCUUUUAACAAAAGAAGAACUUUCUCCUCCGGAAUGGCUUCAGUUUUUAGUUUCAUUGUGUUGGUAAUACUCCACGUUAUGAUCGUUGCUUUGUUAUUUCUACGACAGUCCUCUUCAGGACAUGCUCAGUUACUAAGCAAUUUUGUCACCAUUUUGUCCACUACAGAGACAGAAGCAAUUCUUCUAAAAGACGAUUCUCCAGACUAUAUUAUCAUUACUUCAGCUGCUCGGGGAAGAAAAAUGCUGAUGGAUCAAUUUUCAAGUAAGGUAAAGAAAGAAAAGCAUAUAUCUGCCAGAAGAGCUUCAAAUGUUGCAGGAGAUGCUACAAGUGAAUCAAAGAAGGCUCCUCCUCUAGUUCAACUACAUCCCAUGACUGCUCAGGUGGAUAGAACAAAGGAGUUUCGUGAUGCUGAAAAUGAAGUAGCAAGACUUAUGAGCAAAGACUACAGCGGAAGAAGUGGGCCUCGCCGAAAGCCGCCGAUUAAUAAUCACAAGCCUACAGACUAAUUAAAUUAAAACAGCAGUAAACUUUCAUACUGACAUAUAGUGACAAUAUACCGUUUGACAUACUAGUUAAUUAGUACUGUUUACAUUUGGGCCUCACAAUUUUGAGGGGCAUUUGCAUCUAUACAUGUUUUUUGUGUCGUAUUUUAA